UGGUCGAGAUAAGAUAUAAACAUUUACGCACACCAUUUUCUUUCUCGUUCUCUCCAUCUUCCGUUUCUUCAGUCUACCCUCCUCGGGCGAGCAGCCGGGUGGCCCUUCUACGGAGGCGAGGUGGACCCGUGGGGUCAUCCUCGCUUAGGGCCACCCCUCCGUGGUCAAGUCGACCAGUCGGCUGCUCGCACGAGUCAGCUACGGGUGUCUGGUGGGCGCCUGCCCAGAGAGCCCGUGCCUCCGUCGCUGCUCGCCGGCUUCCCCACACCCGCCGUACGCCAGCGGCGGGUUCCCCCCCGCGACGGGCCGUCGCUAGACAAAGGCCCGUUCCUCCUUUUUAGGGGGAGAAUCCUAAAAGAAGAAAGAAGAACCGCUACAAUACAGUGGAACGCUAGCACUCCUCGGGCGAGCAGCCGGGUGGCCCUUCUACGGAGGCGAGGUGGACCCGUGGGGUCAUCCUCGCUUAGGGCCACCCCUCCGUGGUCAAGUUGACCAGUCGGCUGCUCGCACGUGUCAGCUACGGGUGUCUGCUGGGCGCCUACCCAGAGAGCCCGUGCCUCCGUCGCUGCUCGCCGGCUCUUACUCGUGGCUGUGGCGGUGGCGGAGGCUUCCCCACACCCGCGGCACGCCAGCGGCGGGUUCCCCCCUGCAACGGGCCGUCGCACCGACAAAGGCCCGUUCCCCCUUUUUAGGGGGUAAAUCCUUCACCACCACCACCGCUACAAUUGGUGCGCCUGCGUGAUGCAGAAUGAGACCCGACUGGUGCCCCUCACCUGCAGGGUGGACUGCAUCAUGGCCUGCCGGGUGGCCAGAGUGCUGCAGCGCGACGCGGAGGGCGUGGCGCCGGAAAGACUCCGGUUAGCCAUGGCACAGGGCGUCGAGUGCCUCCACAACAACAGGUGGCUAAUCGGCACCACUAUUGCUGCCAACACCAGCCGGCACGCGGGUGGCGAGAGCCGGACCGCCCGCACCCCACCUACAGGCCUUCUGCCCCCUGGGAGCCCUCCGCCGCAGUGUUCACUGCCACACAGCUGCCCGCCAGCAAGGCGCAGUGCACUACCGCGGAGCUGCGUCAGCACGCCUUGAUGGCCAUGGCGCAGGUCACUGAGCAGGGCGCUGCGGUGUACUACACUGACGGCUCGGUCGACCCCGACAGCGGGAGGACGGGCGCCGCCUUCGGCACUGGUGGACGGCAGCGGGCGUGGAUAACAUCAGACCACUGCUCCUCCCUCCAAACAGAGCUAGUGGCAAUCCUGCACGCCCUCGAGCACGCACAGCAUCGCCAAGAGGACACCGUCGUGCUUCACACAGACUCCCGGGGGGCCCUGCAGGCACUACAAGGCCACCCCAAGGACAACGCGGGCCUCAUCACCGCCAUCCUGGGCAUCCUGCAAAGCCUUGCAGCGCAAGGCAAGCGGGUGCGGCUCCACUGGAUCCCCAGCCAUGUGGGAGUCAGAGGGAACGACGCCGCCGACGAGGCCGCCAAGAGGGCAGCCAAAGGCCCCACCGUCACCAAACCUGUGCGGCCAAGUCUGCAACAGGCCAAGACACAGGCCAAACACGCAGCAGUCCACCACGCCCACCAGCAGCUCCGAGAACUGGAGGGGACAAAGAAACAGGCAGCCUGGUACGCUGCGGCCACCGCCUACACCCAACUGGACGCCGCCUACCAGCAGCGCAGGGCAGACGACGCGUUGCUGCAGCUCCUCAGACUGGGCUACUGCACCAGGGAGGAGCUGUACGACGGCUUCGAUGGGCGGAUAUGCGAGCACUGUGAAGAGCGCGCCCGCCGCCCCCUGGUGCACUACCUCCUGUCUUGCCCAGCCACCGCGCGCCUCAGACCAGCGCCAGCGGCUGCCGCCCAUCCUGCAGGAGACGGCGGGCCCCUGAGGCGGUGUGAAGCCAAGGUCGCCCUCACGGUCCGACACACCCCGACACAGGUCCUCCUCGAGGUGCUACGGGCGGCACCUCUCCCACGGUGACCAACGCCCGC